AGGUGGGCUCCGGCCGCCAGGAGCCGGGGACCGAGCCACCGCCGCCGCCCCUAGCGGGGAGAAGCCGGGACGAGGGGGCCGCAGUCCGGGGAGGGGGCUCCACGAUGCCCAAAGUCUUCCUGGUGAAGAGAAGGAGCCCGGGGGUCUCGGUCCGCAGCUGGGAUGAGCUCCCGGACGAGGAAAGGGCAGACACCUACAUCCCAGUGGGCGCCUCUAAUUGCCCGGCGGCGGGACCGUUGGCUGCAACGCGGACGGCGGUGGCCCAGGAAGGGGGUUGGAGGCGGGUAGGGGCAACCCCCAGUCCCACGUCCUCAUGGGCUUGUACAGGGAUCCGUCAACCUUUCUCGGGCCAGGGCAGCCCCCCCAAUCCCAGGGAGAGGAAAUUCGGCACACGGGGUCCCCAGUGCCGCAUGGCCCUCCGUUCCUCGGGGGCGAGGGAACUGGGACCGAGGAGCGGCCCCAGAACCCCAAGCUCGCUCGGGAGGCCGAGUCGGGGGCUGGUCGCGCACCCCCGCGGCGUUGCCCACUUUGGCGACAAGUCAGAGGUUUGUUCCAAGAACAAAGGGGAGAAUGGAGGUGGGGAGGAGUUGCCCUGGUUCCAGCUUUUUGACAGCCAAAUUCUGCUUGGAAGUUUGAGGAAGGCAGAAGCCCAGCCAGGCCAAGCCUGGAGCCCAGGGAGGCGGGCUGUCCUCACGCCUCUCUCUGUCCAGUUCACCACAGGCACGUGCGGGGACGCGGCGCUUCACAGCUGUGACCUGUGCGGCAAGGCCUUCCGCCUGCAGCGAAUGCUCAACCGGCACCUCAAGUGCCACAACCAGGUGAAGAGGCACCUGUGCACCUUCUGCGGCAAGGGCUUCAACGACACCUUCGACCUCAAGAGGCACGUCCGCACACACACAGGCAUUCGCCCCUACAAAUGUGAUGUCUGCCACAAAGCCUUCACCCAGCGCUGCUCCCUGGAGUCCCACCUGAAGAAGAUCCACGGGGUGCAGCAGCAGUAUGCCUACAAGCAGCGCCGGGACAAGCUGUACGUCUGCGAGGACUGCGGCUACACCGGCCCCACCCAGGAGGACCUGUACCUGCACGUGAACAGUGCCCACCCGGGCAGCGCGCUCCUCAAAAAGACAUCCAAAAAGCUGGCAGCCCUCUUGCAGAGCAAGCUGACAUCGACACUCCAGGGGAAUGCCAACCUGAGCGAGGAGGAGGAAGAGAAGUGAGGACAGUGGGGAGGGACGCCAACGCUGCCACGUUGACAUGGAUUUCUGGUCUUGAGGGUCCCCCACCUCACCAGCUCUUUCUAAGUGUUCUGUUAAACUCUCUGUCCUUUGGGGGGCCUCAGUGGGGGGCUCUGUUCCAAUUAUAACAGAGUCUAAAUGUUAAUGUCAAUUAUAACUGUGGCAUCCAGCCUCCUGGAACCUGUGUCCCAGUGAACACAGUCACGUGAGUGAAAGUUUGUGAAUGGCUGUCAUCACUGUGUGGUUUUUUUUCUUUUUUUUAGGAUUUUUACACAUGGAGGCAGGGUGUUCUUAGAGAGACACCCAUAGAAGAGAUUGAUACGGUGCCUUGAAAUAAAAGUACUUCUACUUGAAAUGCUA